AUGGGUGAGAGCUCGCCCGACCUCAGCCUACGGCUACGCCGUGGCAGCUCAGACUCCAGGGACUCUUUUUAUAUGGAUUUCGCACAGGGCAUUGAUUCAGACAUUGAGGAAGUGGCACGGCCCGCCGACAGCUCAGACCCACUUGCUGAGAAUAAUCUCGAGGACAAUGAAGUUGACAUGGAUGAGAAUUUUCCACCAUUGGACGAUGUCUGUGGUACAAUACCAGAAGAGGCGUCCGAGGAGUUACGUGAAGAGGAGGAGGCGGAGGCGGCUGCACUGGAGGCAGCCCGAGACAGUCCAGACUCGCCGGUAAUUGCCGCCAUUACGAAGAGGGCGCAAAAACCAAACGAUUGGCCAGGUCUUCCAGGUGCCCUUCCAUCCCCAGCGUCCCCCACAGCAGUAAUAGUAUCCCCCGAGACACUCUCCCGCCACAGCAGCAGUUCCCCAUCCCGAAAUAAUCGUCCAGUUGGUCAAUUUGCCCUGGCAAUUCCCUGCCCAGCGAGGCCGAUACCGGCGGUAUGUUACCCCGCGGCAACGUUCAUCGACGUCGUAGAGGAGCCAGUGGGCCGGGACUUGGGAGCGUAUGCAUUGGCAACAACACUGAGCGCCCUUUACGGAAAGCUCCUCGUAGUGAUGGGAAUAGCAUUUCCAAUGGCGGAGGUGAUAUCCUCCUACAUUCCCCCCUCGUUCUACGAAGCCUUCUACCUUUACCUCUACUUCGGCAGUAUGUUUUUCCUCUUCAUCAUCUGGGCAAUGAUGCUCAAGGAUGGUAAGCCCAAGCACAAGGGUGACCACAAGGACAUCAGUGAUUUGGACUCGAGUGGUUCAUCAAGUGGUGCUGGUGGCGAUAGUGAUUCACCUGGAAAUGGUAAUCCCUAUUUAGAAGAGCCCUCCCACCAACACUACGGCAGUUUCUACCUCCGAGUGGGUGCCGUUGCCUUCGGAAUAGGUUCAAUGAUCUACUCUGGCCUGGAGUUUGGUCAGUACUUCGAGCUCGAGCAGAACACAAAAUGCCACAACAUCAUGGUUGCUCUAACACCAGCAACACGAAUGGCGUUUAUCUUCAUCCAGAUGUACUUCAUCUUCUUGAACAAUGAGCAAAUGAAGGUGUCUACGCAUCGUGUUGUUGCACGCUUUGGACUCAUGCAUAUGAUUGGUACUAAUUUGUCGGUUUGGCUCAAUGUACUGGUGCAGGAGACUAAACAUGAAAUUCUCACGUUCUACAAUCCUGAGAAUAAUUCGUUGAGGAUUUCUCAUCGCUUAGGAGGAAAAAUCCACUUCGCCGAGCACCUCCAUGACCACCGCAUCGAGCCAACUGACGUCUCCCACAUUCGUCUGCCACGCGGUCUGAAAGGUCCCCACCACAUGUUUGAGUGCAGACGAACCAACAUAAUAGGCUCCCUUGUGCAGGACGCCAGCCCCUUCCUCUUUCCCUGCACCAUCGAGUACAGCCUAAUCUGCGCAGCGAUCCUCUACGUAAUGUGGAAGAACAUAUCCAAGGUUCGACAACCGGUUCCAACAACACCUCCAGGAAGUCGUCAUCACCCUCACGCUUAUCGAAGAUCACCGCACCACUACAGUGUGGAUUGUGCAGGUGCUCACAAGGGUCUCUUCGUUGGAAUCCUCAUUCUGGUCCUCACGAUCAUCUGCUUGAUUCUGUUCUUCGUCCUCAUCUCGAGGCCUGAACUGGUGAAUCUGGCUGUUACCGGGGUCAACAUCUGUGAGUUGGCUCUCUAUGGCAUGUCCACUCUGGCGACUUUGAUCGGAAUGCUGAGAAUGAGGAAGCUGCGGUACGACGGCAGCAGAAACCUAGAGCUGGACAACAUUCUUCUCGUAGCAGCGCAAACCGGAAUGUUCAUCUACUCGACAUUCACAAUAAUCGGAGGACACUUCACUCUAGAGAAGCACACAAUCCUCGUUCUCAUUACAGCACUGGCCAGUGUCGUACAAACAACUUGUCAAACAAUCUUCAUCCUCGACUCGUCGAGAAGAUCGGUCUCAACGUCCGAGCAAAUUCGCCACAAGCCAGGACGCGAGAUUGUGACAUUCCUUCUCGUUACGAAUUUGGCAAUGUGGGCCAUCAAUACUUUGGAAAAAUCAAGGGCCGAGUCCCAUCCUGUUCAGCUGCAUUUUUACGGCCUCUGGGCUUGGACCAUCAUCACUCACGUCUCCAUGCCACUCGCUAUUUUUUACAGAUUUCACAGCACAGUUUGCCUGUGUGAGGUAUGGAAGAGAGCUUACAAGGUCAAGCCGACAUACAUGUGACGCAGGCGAUCGUGCGGGACUAAGAAGAGAAGGUGCAUUGAUAGUCACAAACGUCAUAAGAAUGUCCCCAGGCUCGAUGUUAUUACCGAGAAUGAUCCGACUUAUUUUAUGUGAUUUACGAGGUAUUAUUAUCAUGAUUUAUAAGUUAUGGGUUUUUAUAUUGUGCUCAGGAAGAAAUCAGUCGGUUGUCGUGUAUUUAGACAUUUGCUGUUUAGGGGUCAUUGAAGUUAUUGGAAUCAGUAGAUGAGAUUUUUAGGAAGCUGAAGUAGCUCUAUCGUUUUGGAAGUUUAGAGUUGGAAACUGGAAGCAAUAGGGAUAUUUUCUGUAAUCCUUCUGUAAUGCUUCUCACGACUCUUCGUUUAGGAAUUGGUAUUCGUACUUUGCAAACUCGGAAACUUGAAAAUUAUUACAAAAAAAUCUUGUCCCGGGCUGUUGCGGUGGGGUUUCCACUGUAGUAAAAAACCCCAUCGGAACAGCUCGAAAAAUACUAUUUUUUUCUAUGAGAAACUUAGUGAAAUUUCUCAUUUUUAUCAUUUUUAUCAUUUCAGAAAUUUUUGCAGAAGGGAUGAUGACUUACUAGUGAUCAAUCAUUUUUAUCCCCAUUUAUCGAUGGGAUUUUUUCAUUAACUUCAUUUUUCUCAACCGUACUGAUUCAAUUUCUCAAGGCGCUCUUUUGACGAGAGAUGGCGCUGAUGCAUCAGAGGUGUGAUGACAUUCAAGGUCAUCUGCGCGUCUUGAAAUCAUCUUUUUUUACUCAUUUUUGUAAUCGUAAAAAGAAAUUUUCAAAGUUUUCCCUCGAAUUUAGACAUAAUUUAAUAUGGAUAAUUGAAUGGGAGAAGAAACAAAUUUCCGAAAAUAUCCCCAUUCCCAGAAAAUCAAUUUUUUUAAUGGGAAAAAACAUUGGAAAAUGAGUAAUUUGGGAUAUUUUGGUUGUCAGUAAUGAUUGGAAUCUCAUUUUCAAUCUAUACAUUUUCUCACAACUAAUGAAGAAUGUAACAUUUGUUGAAGAAGUUCCAUUAUCUAUUCAUGAUAAAACAAUGAUUGGAAAAAAUUAAUUUUGUCCAUUUCUUUUCACAAUUGAGUUGAAAAAUUGAACAACAAAAAAUAUCCAAAUCUAUAAAGCUACUUUAAGUAACAAAAUAAAAGCCAUUCUGAUCGAUCUAUUCUCAAGGCAUCGAAAAGAAAAAUUUCAUCCUCAGAUGACUUGAGACCUAUUGUAGCAAAAGAGUUAUAUAUUAGAAAUUUUCCUGGCUUUUCAUACUCUCCGAAUUGUUAUCACGAUAUAGAGAAAGUAAGAAUAGAUCCACUUCCCUCCACCUGAUCAGAGAUAAGAUAAAAAAUCAAUUUGUAAAAUUGAUCAAGUCAGGAUGAGUUGGAGCCCGUUUUACCGUUCGAUAUUAGGUAUUUCCGGUUUAAUCCAAAGCGGAUACAAAAUACAUACGCCAAACGACGGUCGUCCGUACAACGCCAUCCCACUUAAGUCCAAUUGAAACGAUACGAAUAUGUAAUAUGUGUAAUAAACGUGCACUAGACGUGUCUAUGUAUUUUUUUUUCGGUUCACCAUCGGGUCGUAGUGGUAUAGAUCAUUAGAACGUCAAUUUAGGUUUCAAGAGGUGAUGUGUAUCUGGUUGCUGAUGAUAUCGCGUGAAGAGGAGCUUUGGAUUCGAUGAUCCAUGCAUUAAAAAAUUGUAGACACUCCAGGGGGAAUCUCGUCGUACCCAAAUAGAGGGGAAUUUUUUGAUAAUUCAUUGGGAAACUGAACAGGGAUUGGUAUUUGUAGAUGUAGAUUAUCUUCAUAUCACGUACAUGGAACAAAUAAAUGGGAUCAAUUUGAUUCGAGACUGAAAUAUCAUGCUCAAUUUAAUCUUGGGGUGAAUGAUAAAGUGUAUGAUGAUGAACAAGCAUUUUUCAUUGAUAAUUUUGCACUGAUAUAUCGAAUAUUCAGAAAUGAAGGAAUUUUUGUUGUCGUGAUUGAAUGGUUUUUGUAAAUCGUUUUAUGUUGAGAUUUAUUGGCUUGAGUUUCCAAAGAAAAUUUUGCACAGAAAUUAUCCAGACUUUUUUUCGCAGUAUUAGAUGAAGAUUGGAAUUUCACGAAUUCGGAAGAUUUUAGAGAAAUUCAAGUGCAAAUAAGGUGGAAGCUUUGAAACUCAAUCGUUUUUUCAUCAUUUUCACGAAACAUUGAACUGAAAUUUAUAAUGUCUGUUGAUUUCCUCAUCAAUGUGCUAUUUUUAAAUCAGAAAAUUCCUUGAAACUCAAUACAAAAAAGAAAAACACUGUUGAAAAGUUUUAACAGUGAAAAACGGGAACCAAAAAUUCUGUUGUCAUGAUUGAAUGGUUUUUUCAAAUCGUUUUAUGUUGCGAUUUAUCGGAAUCAAUUUCUAAAAAAACCAUUUGCAUAGAAAUUAUUAACAUUUUCAACAGAUUUAAGAGAAACUCAAGUGACAAUAAGAUGAAAAUUUCAAAACUUACUUGACUUUUCAUAAU